AUGAGCGAGCAGGACGCGCCGAAGUAUGUCAUUGAUCGCCUCUUUUGCGGCACCGCCUCGUAUGAUGCUGUUGUUGGCCCUGGAGCUCCGGAGAGCAGCACUCCACGCGAGCGCGUCUGGCCCGCGAUCCCUCUGGAAUAUCGCCCGCCUUCUCCUGAAAUCGAAAAUGCCUUGAAUGCAUCCUUGGUUAUCUUCAACGCGGAUGACUUGACAGCACACGUACUUCAACAAACUACCGCGAGAUCGAAAAUCGGUGUCGUAUCAAGAAUCUUAUUGAAAGACGACACCAGAUACGACUUCAAGUCACGCGCAACAGCUCUAGAGAAGCACUGGAGCAACAUCGAGCUAUUGAUUUCGAAAAGUACCCCAGAGGAGAUAUUAACCGAUCGCCUUGUUGCACCAGUCAAGACGGAACUCCCUGACGACAAACCAGCGGGAUGGAAGCUAGACUUGGGCGAAACCCGAGCAGCUGAAGCACAACGACAGCUCGAAUUGCUUAACCUGCAGAAGAAUCGAUGCAUCAAGUACUGGACGACCGUCAAGCCACCAAAGCCAAUGGGGUGGGUUCCGGCUGACGGAAUGGCAUGGAAGAAGGUACCUCGAGCCGAUCUGGAGAAGGGAGACCUGUUCUUCACUCCGUAUUUCAAGCCUAUCUGGGAAAGCUAUAGCUUAGCAACUAUGGAUGCUUUGUUUUGGAUUGAUCCCGAUAAUACGCCUGAAGAGGAGGCCGAAUAUCAGAAGCACAAGUCAGAGGAACAUGAGUUGACGGUGCUUUCUCUAGAGAUGAGGAAACCGAGGAAAGACCAUGCCGAAUCCCUGGGAUUUAAGGGAGUUUAG